AAUCCGUCCAUCAACCACAUAACAGCUGCCUUCCACUAACCAUACACACACAUUUCUUCUCUUUGUGGAAAAUCACUGUAUGUAGAUUCUUAAAAAUCAUCCUUGAUGAUGUUUGUUUUGUGUUCAAUAUAUAUAAAAAAAAAGUGCUUUUAACUAACCACCUAUAUAUGUCAGCUUGUCGGUUGUGUAGUCUACAAAAACCAUUGGUUUAGCCAAACCAUUAAUCUAAUCUUUCAUUGGUGGAUCUUGUUUUAUUUUUCCUCUCUAAUCCAUAAAAGAAAAGAACCAUUUCUUGAUAUGAAUUUUAUCUUUGCUUCACCUUUUGCUAAUCUCAAAUAGACCCUUUUGUUCCAAUCAUAUAAUGCUUUACUUCCUUAUAUCUUUUGUCUCCUUUGUUAUCCUUUCAAAAUCAUUUACCAAUAAACCACUCUCAUCAAAUGGGACAAAACUAAUUUCAAAUGGGUUUUGUGGAAAGUUGUUAAAUUUGCUAGUAGCUUCUAGGAUCAAAAUAGUUAGCAUAAUUCCUUUUAGUUUUUUUCAUUUUUCUCUUGGCAUGCAAAACAAGACUUUUGUAUCUAAAAUUGAGCAUGAGGAAAAGGAAGUUGAAGAGAAAGUUGUUUCUCUCUUGGAUUUGCCUGAUUUGCCCUUAGAGUGUAUCCUUGAACACCUUUCACCAAAUGAAUUAUGCAAUGUUGCAAAAGUGUGCAAAUCUCUUAAGAAUAAGUGUAGAAGUGAUUUUUUGUGGGAGAAUCAUAUGAAGAGGAAAUGGGGUAAAGUGUUUGGUGAUGCUGCUUAUAGACAAUGGAAAUGUCAUGUAGCUUCUAGAAACAACAACAUAGACGACACUUCAAAUCAUCACAAAAAGUUACUUGCUUUUCUUCAUGGUUUUCUACCCUUCUUUUGGAUUAAAUCAAAAUCAGAAAAAGACAUAAAGUUAAGUCCAGAUGAUUCAGUUGCUGCUUUAUAUCUUUCUCUUGAGAAUGGAAAUUUUUGGUUCCCUGCUCAAGUUUAUAACCGUGAGAAUGGUCAUGCUGGAUUCAUGCUCUCAUGUUAUGAUGCUCAACUUUGCUAUGACUAUAGAAGUGAUACUUUUCAAGCAAGGUAUUCACCUCAUGGAAGAUGGACAACUGAGGAAAACAUAAAAUGGGAGAGGCUAAGAGUGCCACCUAUUGAGUCUUCUCCACAUGUUCUUCAUAUUUCUGACUGUUUAGAUGAGUUAAAGGCUGGAGAUCAUGUUGAAAUCCAAUGGAGAAGAAAUAAGGAGUUCCCUUAUGGUUGGUGGUAUAGUGUCAUUGGUCAUUUGGAAACUUGUCAAGGGGAAGGAAACCAUUGCCAAUGUCACAAUAACGAUAAGGUGAUUUUGGAGUUCACACAGUAUACAGCUGGUUCUAGAUGGAGACAAACCAUAAUAAACAGAAAGCAUCAUAGAGAACAAGGAAAUGAAAUAGAAGGAUUUUAUGGGGGAAUCAGAAAGUUGCAUAGCAAGGAGGAAAUUACAAGGUGGAAGAAACUUUGGCCAACCAAAAUUGUGGAAUAGGAUGAUUCAUUAGUUAAUUAAUAAUAGCUUUAGAACUUUGUAAAUCAAUCAUUCAACAUUCCAAAAAUGUGAAAGUAGUGAAGGUACGAAGGAUUAGUUUGUCAAAUUAAGAAUGAUGUCACUCAUUCCUAACAAUAGGUCUAAACUUGCAAAAAUUACAUUGGAUGACUUUUUCAGUUUUUCUUUUAGUGUGCCACAACAUAAACAAUAGUGUAUAUAGGUUCCUCUCUCUAUUCUACGAUGGAUGGUUUAUUUAUU